AUGUCCUCGCCAGCUAGUCUUUUGUUAUCUGAACGUAGAUUAUCUCAUCAGGAGAAGCGUACUCCACGUAUGGUUAUAAGAAAAUCGAAUGUUAUCGAUGCACUUUUAUUUGUAUUCGGAAAUAGAGCAAGCAAAAUGCGACAGAGCAAACUAUCUGAGCUCAUCCAUUCAUCGCGGGGACAUUUAAGCCUAAGUUAUUGUACUGUUGAUGUGCAUUUUCAAGAUAUAUAUGACUUGCCUGAUCCAAAUGAUUUUGAGGUCAUUCCUCAUUCUCAACUAAUUAUUACACGUCAAGCAUUUCGGAAUAAUACAAGCAAAUAUUUUAUCAAUGGACGUCUAAGCAGUUAUACCGAAGUAACUUCUUUAUUAAAAGAUAGAGGGGUAGACUUAGAUCAUAAACGAUUUCUAAUAUUGCAGGGGGAAGUCGAAUCUAUAGCACAGAUGAAACCUAAAGCUCCGAAUGAACAUGAAGAUGGGCUUUUAGAAUAUUUAGAAGACAUAAUAGGAACUUCCAAAUAUAAGGAACCUAUUGAAAAGACCAGUCAAAAGAUCGAACAAUAUAAUGAGGAACGUUCAGAAAAAUUACAUCGAGUGAAAAUAAUUGAAAAAGAGAAAGAUGGAUUAGAGGCUAAAAAGAAAGAAGCAGAAGAUUUUCUCAAAGAAGAAAAUAGAUUGUCCCUUAAAAAAUCUGCUUUAUAUCAAAAGCAACUUUUUGAUUUAAAAAAUGUCAUUGCUAUCAAUACCAGAACGGAGGAUCAAUUGAGGGAUGAACUUCGAUCAGAACAAGAAAAACACGCACAGACGAAUCAAGAAUAUGAAAAUCUCGAAAAUUUAUAUGCAAAUUCUUUGAAGGAAUACGCCAAUUUCGAAAAGGAAACUGAUCAAAUUCUAAAAGAAAAAGCAGUAUAUGAUAGAGAGAUUAUUCAUUUGGAAGAAAAGAAGAAACACGCACAAACUAAACAAAAAAAACUAUUAAAAACCAUACAGAAUGAACGUCACGCUCUGUCUGAAGCGAGAACAGCUAUUCGUUAUAAUGAAGAAGAUUUAAUUAAAAGAACAAGUGAACUGGAAAAUUUAGAAAGAUCUCUUGGUGUUGAAGAGCAAAAACUAGAAAUUAUUCGGGAAAGUCUUAAGGGUAAAACUGAACAAUACACUUCCAAAAUUGAAGAAAAACAAAAGGAAUUAUCUCCAUGGAUAGAAAAGAUUAAUUCAAAACAAUCAGCUAUAGAUCGCAACCUUGAACAAGCUGAGAAAGACAUAGUUUCCCUCGAGGAGACUCGGCGUUCAAAGGAACAAGAAAUCAUGGUCAAUAGACAUCAAAUAAAUUUAACUAAAAACGAAAUCGAAAGGCUUGAAUCGAUAUUGAAGAAUGCAGAUGAAAUAGAAGGGAAACUUCGUUCAGCACUUGCUGAGGCUCGUCAAAAGGAGAAUGAAGCAAAAACUCUUUUACAAUCAUCUCAGUCCAGAGGACAAGUUCUUGGCAGCCUGUUAAAACUUAAGGAUAGUGGCCGUAUCAAAGGACUAUAUGAUCGUUUAGGCAACCUUGGAGUUAUUGAUAAUAAAUAUGAUGUCGCUGUCUCAACUGCAUGUUCGGCGUUAGAUCAUAUUGUAGUUGAUUCGGUUGAAGUCGGACAAGUUUGUAUUGAAUAUCUUAAAAAACAUAACUUGGGACGUGCUAAUUUUAUUCUUUUGAAUCAACUUUCAUCAACGGACAUGAGACCAAUUUCAGCUCCUGAAGGAAUUCCUAGAUUAUUUGAUCUUGUUAGACCAAAGGAUAAUAAAUUUGCCCCAGCUUUUUAUAAAGUUUUACAGAAUACACUCGUCGCAAAUAAUUUACAACAAGCCACCAGGAUUGCAUACGGCAAGCCGAGGUGGCGUGUGGUUACUUUAGAAGGGCAACUUUUUGAAAAAGCUGGUACCAUGAGUGGUGGCGGUAACAGAAUAAUUCGUGGGGGUAUGAGUUCAAAAUUUGUUCCUGAAGUAACUUCAGAAGCAAUGUCUACAUUGGAAAGAGAACGAAUUAAUUUAGAAAGCCAAUGGAAAGAGUUUAUUGAACAACGUAAAGGAUACGAAAACCAGCUUCAACAAUUUAAAAAUGAAAUUCCUAAGAUAGAACAUUCGUUAUCAAAAUUGGAAAUGGAUUUAAAUUCUUGUGUUAAACGAAUUGCGGAUAUUCAAAAACUUAUUUCUGAAUUGGGGCAACAAAACAAACCUAAUUUUGAAGAUCGACGACGAAUGCAACAACUUGAAAGUGAGAAUGAAAAAUUAAAUACGGAAUUGAGCACACUUAAAAAUUAUUCUUCAAGAAUUGAAGAUGAAAUCAAAUUUUAUCAUGAAAAGAUUUUACAAGAAGGUGGUGACAAACUUAGAGCCCAGAAACAAGAAGUUAAUUCAAUAAAAGAACAAAUAGACAUGAUGAAUGAACAAAUUACAACAUCACAUGUUGCGAAAUCAAAGGCUGAAAAGGACGUGACGAAAUUUGAAAAUUCUAUUAUGAAAAAUGAGAGUGAAAUAGAAUUAUUGAAUAGAGAAAUACAAGAAUUUGAAGUCAAUAUUCGACAAAAUGCCGAGGCUUCGGGAGAGAUUGGAUUAAGAGCAGAUAAAGCGAAAGAUAAACUUCAAGAUAUGAAAGAUGCAUUGGAUGAAAUUAAAGUUGAACGUGACGAAAAAACAACUAUGAUUAAUCAAAUUAGGGCUAUUCAGUUGGAAAUCAAUAAUAAACUUGAAAAUAGUGAGCGUGCCUUGUUAGAAAAUAAACAAAAAGAAAAUCAUUUACUUAAUUCCCUCCAAAAGCUCUCUCUUCAUGAAAUUAGUGAUGAUGAUGGUGAAAAACCAGAAUUUCAAAUAUUCACUGAUGACGAACUUAAGGCAAUGCAUGCAGAAGCAUUGCAAAGAGAAAUUACAGCUCUAAAUGAGAAAGUACAAAAUGCCAAUCCGAAUCUCAAUGUGUUAACAGAAUAUAAACGUUGUGAAGAUGAAUAUUUAUCUCGUGUUAAAGAUCUUGAAGAAAUUACUACAUUACGUGAUGAAUGCAAAGGUGAAUACGAUGAUUUACGCAAAACGCGAUUGGAGGAGUUUAUGCAUGGAUUUACGCAGAUAUCUCAAAAACUCAAAGAGAUGUAUCAGAUGAUUACACUAGGGGGUAAUGCAGAAUUAGAAUGUUGUGACAGUCUAGAUCCCUUUUCUGAAGGAAUUAUUUUUAGUGUUAUGCCACCAAAAAAGAGCUGGAAAAAUAUUUCUAAUCUGUCGGGUGGUGAAAAGACAUUAAGUUCCUUGGCUUUGGUGUUUGCACUUCAUCAUUACAAACCGACACCAUUGUAUGUAAUGGAUGAGAUUGAUGCGGCAUUGGAUUUUCGGAAUGUUUCAAUUGUGGCAAAUUAUAUUAAAGAACGUACCAAGAAUGCCCAAUUCAUUGUUAUUAGUUUACGAAAUAACAUGUUUGAAUUGGCAGAUCAUUUAGUAGGAAUUUACAAGACUGAUAAUAGAACUAAAUCAAUAACUAUAUCUCCUCAUGAUAUUGUAAUAUAA